AAAAAUUUCUAAAAAAAAAUUGGAGGAUCCCAAGAAAAAUCCCAAAUCCCCUAACCAAGCCAACAACGCCUCUUUUUUUUUAUACCUUUUAUUAACCAAUUUUCAAUUUCCCGGAUUUCACUAUUCUUGAUUCCUAUUCUAUUGGUAUAGCUUUUGUUAAAAGUUGAGUCACUGAUAUCAAUUAGGUACUUCGGUUUCACCGUUUCAUCUGACGGAGGAAGAAGAAGGAUCAGAUAUCACGUUGUUGAAGAUAUCUGUUAUAUUUGGUUAAAGUUUGUCUUUGAAAAUGAACUUCAAAAUAGAGGCUGAUGAGAAAAAUGGUACUGGUGAUUCUGAUAAUGGUCAAUUGUUGCGUGACAUUGAGGAAAUAAGCAAAGCCCUUUACUUGCAUAAACCCUCAUCGAAACCUUUGAUUUCCACAUCCGAUUUUAGUUCUAAAUCUGUCAGAAGUACCCGUCUUUCGGAAUCUGAUAAGGAUAAGAAAUCGUCGUCGUCGUGGGAUUGGAAGAAGCCCUUGAAAGCAUUAACUCAUAUUAUGCAACAUCGGUUUCAUAUUUGUUUCUUUCUCCAUGUGCAUUCUAUUGAAGGCUUGACUGCCUGUUUAAAUGACUUCAACUUAUUUGUGUAUUGGAAGAGGAAGGAUGAGUUGCUGUCGACUCGUGCAGUGAGGGUCUUGGAUGGAAUCGCUGAAUUUGAAGAGAUAUUGAUGUAUAAAUGUCUUGUAUAUGGUAGUAAAAGCAGGCCUCAUAAUUUGGCAAAGUAUGAGAGCAAGCUUUUCCUAAUCAGUGCUUCUGUUGUUGACAUGCCGGGGCAUGAUAUAGGAAAGCAUUGGAUUGAUCUCACAAGGCUGUUGCCGCUUAGUUUGGAUGAUCUAGAAGGGGAGAAAGGAUCUGGUAAAUGGACAACAAGCUUUAACCUUUCUGGCAAGGCUAAGGGUGCUACUCUAAAUGUCAGUUUCAUGGUAAUGAAGGAAAAUUUAGUUGAAUCAAGUGGCGAUAUGAAUGUAUCACAUUUUGUAAAUCUAACAGAGACGGGGUCAAGCACAAUGGGAGAGAUCGGAGUUCUUCAUGCAAGCAAGGGGAAUGAGAUGCUUCAGCAUUGUGGAACUGUUCCAAGUAAUGUAAACCGCAGGUCUCUGUCAGUUGAUGUAAAGUUCGGUACUGAAGUUUUUCCAAAUUUGGGACUGGAACUUUCCAAAUCGAUAAGCAUUUUAUAUCAGAAAUUUAAUGAAGAGAGCUUAGAUGGUUCAUCGGGCUUAGAUAAAUUAUCUGAACAUUUGGAGCCACUUAAACCUGAUUCCAAGUCUGCUAAAAAUAUAGAUGAGUACGAAAACAACGAGUUUUUUGUUAUUGAACAGGGUGUAGAAAUGUGUCUGAAAGAUCCAACUACUAUUGAACAAAGUGGUAUUCAGACUAUUGAUGCCUCUUCCAUUGAAACCAUCAACGUAGAUGAGAUCCUUAAAGAUUGUGACAAAGACAUUGACGAGGAGGCAGAUCCAGUUUCAAAAAUGUCCCGCUUCAGUCGCAUGGUGGAGGCUGUGGUAGAUGACCAUGUAAAAGAAAAGAGUAAUACAUAUUCCUCGGCUUUCAGUGACAAAUUGGUUACAGAAUCAUCGAUAUCAGAAUCUCCGUCUACUUUGGAUGAGUUUAUUGAGCAUGAAAAGUUUAUGGAGGCUAAAUCAUAUUACGGGGCUAGCAAAUUAACAAAAAAAUUGCCAAGUUUGGAUGACCUUGCUGACACUGUGGCUAGUGAUUUCUUAAAGAUGCUGGAAAUUGAACAUGAUCCAUUUAGCUUCAACUCUGAUAGUGCUCUUGAAUCUCCUAGGGAGCGUCUGUUGAGAGAGUUUGAAAAGGAAGCCCUAGCUUCUGGUGGCUUCAUCCUAGAUUUCGUUGAAACAGGAGAAGAGGAGUUCAAUUCCCCUAUUCCUGGUCCUUGCUGUGGGGAUAAUUAUGAAGAUUUUGCUUUCCCUUCUGUAAUGCCUGGCAAAGAACAGAAGAUAGAAAGGUUGUCACUGAAAGGCCAGAGGGCUGUCAAAGCGAUUGAAGACUUGGAUACUGGAGCUUUGAUGCACAAGGGGAGCUUAGAUGACAAGGUGUUCCAAAGUCCUCAUGUUCGAAGUGAUGGAUUUGGAAGUCCAAUUAUGCUUUCCCCUGAAUGAGGUCAAUUGCCGCCAACAGAAGUGGAUUCUAACAUUUCAUUCCAGGGAAGGAUGGAAUUGUUUUGCGAUCUAUGAAUUCCACACUUUCAGAAAUUUUAAAAAUGUUGGCCACAUGGUCUCAUUCAAGUAUACUGAGCAGAUGUACUUUCUGCAAGAUCGGGUAACUGAUAUUACAGAGACUGCUAAACUUUGCUUCACAUGGAACGGAGAACAUGUUCUUGCAGGUAAAUAAAUAGCUUAAUGUAUUUGAAGGAUAUUUGCUGAGAAAUCAUUGCAACAGAUUGCACUAGAAGCUGCACCUAGGGUUGUCAUGUUGGAGUGGUAUGCAUUCAUGUCAGGGAUGAAUUUAUGCAUUUAUCUUGUUUUUUCAGAGCUAAUUCACAUUCUGGAUUUCAGAGAUGAUCAUAUGUUAAUAUGCUAAUGAACUUUUCCAUAACAUUGAGAUGGGUGGUUAUUGCUAGGUGCUGGAGUAUCGACGAAACAUCUGCUAGAAAGCAUGGGUUGCUUUGAGAUCCCCCUUUGGAACUAAGGACCCGUUGGCUCUUCCAUGAUUGCUUAAAUUCAGGUGGAGAGGGCUUUUGUCCCUCCAGAGAAAGGAAUCUAUAGCACAAUGCUAGGAGACCGAAGAAAAUGCUGAAUCAUGGGAGGCAUAUGGUAAAGGAGAAGGUACUCCAUUUUUCAAAAUCCUUGAGGUCCAUGUUGCCGGGUUAAAUGCCGAAGCCCUAUAAUCUAGGGGGAAAACUGCAGCGACAAUCUGGGACCCGUUUGUUGCUGGCUACUGGCACAGCUAACUCUAAUA